GCAGCGGCGGGGUGGGAAGGCUCAAGAUGGCGUGCCUAUUGGAGACCCCAAUCCGCAUGAGCGUCCUCUCGAGACAUGAAAAAUGCCGUGAUAGGAAACAACAAGCAGAAAGCCAACCUCAUUGUUUUAGGAGCUGUUCCAAGGUUGUUGUACUUGCUCCAGCAAGAAACCUCAAGCACAGAAUUGAAAACAGAGUGUGCAGUGGUGUUGGGAAGUCUGGCUAUGGGCACUGAAAACAAUGUCAAGUCCCUACUGGACUGUCAUAUCAUCCCUGCCUUACUACAAGGACUACUGUCUCCAGACCUGAAGUUCAUCGAAGCCUGCCUCCGCUGCUUGCGCACCAUCUUCACCAGCCCCGUCACGCCUGAGGAACUCCUGUACACAGGGCCAGAUCACCAAACAAUUUUAUUUAACCAUGGUGCAGUUCAGAAUAUUGCUCAUCUACUAACCUCAGCAUCCUACAAAGUUCGAAUGCAAGCACUGAAAUGCUUCUCAGUUUUAGCUUUUGAGAACCCUCAGGUGUCGAUGACCCUGGUAAACGUUUUGGUUGACGGAGAAUUGUUACCACAGAUUUUUGUGAAGAUGUUACAGAGGGAUAAGCCGAUUGAGAUGCAACUCACAUCAGCAAAAUGUUUAACUUACAUGUGCCGAGCUGGGGCAAUUCGGACAGAUGACAACUGUAUUGUAUUAAAGACAUUGCCUUGCUUGGUCCGAAUGUGCAGCAAGGAGAGAUUACUGGAGGAGAGAGUGGAAGGAGCUGAAACACUGGCAUAUUUGAUCGAACCCGACGUUGAGCUGCAGAGAAUCGCCAGCAUAACCGAUCACCUCAUCGCCAUGCUUGCUGAUUAUUUCAAGUAUCCCAGCUCAGUGAGUGCCAUCACUGAUAUUAAAAGGCUUGAUCAUGACUUAAAGCACGCCCACGAACUCCGCCAGGCUGCGUUCAAGCUCUAUGCCUCCUUAGGUGCAAAUGAUGAAGACAUCCGGAAGAAGAUCAUUGAGACUGAAAAUAUGAUGGACCGAAUUGUGACUGGCUUGUCUGAGUCUAGUGUCAAGGUGCGGUUAGCUGCUGUCAGAUGUUUGCACAGUUUAUCGAGAUCUGUGCAGCAGCUUCGAACCAGUUUCCAGGAUCACGCUGUAUGGAAGCCUUUAAUGAAGGUUUUACAAAAUGCACCAGAUGAAGUUCUAGUGGUAGCCUCUUCCAUGCUGUGCAAUCUGCUGCUUGAAUUUUCUCCGAGCAAAGAGCCAAUUUUAGAAUCAGGAGCUGUAGAGCUGCUGUGUGGAUUAACCCAGAGUGAAAACCCUGCUUUACGAGUGAAUGGAAUUUGGGCUUUAAUGAAUAUGGCAUUUCAGGCUGAACAAAAAAUAAAAGCUGAUAUUUUACGAAGCUUGAGUACUGAACAGCUAUUCCGGUUGUUGUCAGAUUCCGAUUUGAAUGUGCUGAUGAAGACAUUGGGACUUCUUAGGAAUCUGCUCUCUACUCGUCCUCACAUAGAUAAAAUAAUGAGUACUCAUGGGAAGCAAAUUAUGCAAGCCGUGACUCUUAUUCUGGAAGGGGAACAUAACACAGAGGUCAAAGAGCAGACACUGUGCAUCCUAGCCAACAUAGCGGACGGGACGACGGCGAAAGAACUCAUCAUGACCAAUGAUGACAUACUGCAGAAAAUCAAGUAUUACAUGGGUCAUUCACACGUCAAGCUGCAGCUCGCUGCAAUGUUUUGUAUAUCGAACCUCAUCUGGAAUGAAGAGGAAGGUUCACAAGAACGCCAGGACAAAUUACGAGACAUGGGCAUUGUAGAUAUUCUACAUAAGCUGAGUCAGUCACCAGAUUCAAACCUCUGUGACAAGGCGAAGACGGCACUGCAGCAGUACCUGGCGUGAGGGGAGGCGCCCCGGCACCUGCGCGCACCAGCCUCCUUGAUACAAGGACGUUCAGGACCCAGCCUCGUCGAUUCCUUCUAUUUGCACAAGCCACCUUGGACUGCAGG